AUGUCAGACUCGGUGAAUUUAACGACACCUGCCGCUCCACCGAGCACGUUGGAUGCGAAGGACGCGACACAGUUUGUGACGCCCCCACUGCUCUCGGGCAUCCGUUACGCCUGCAUCCCCGUGUGGAGCAUCCUCCUUUGCUUUGGCAUCUUUGGGAACGCCCUCACCGUCUUCGUGCUGCGCACCAAACGUCUGCAGCAAUCAAGCACCUCCUUCUACCUCACUGCCCUAGCCAUCACCGACAUGCUCUACCUCCUCACCAGCCUCGUCGCCUCCAUCGCCAACUUUAUAUUCUUCUUUCCUUCGGAGUUGCGCCAACUCUCCCGCACUUUCUGUGUGUUCACACCCUUUCUCAGCUACACCCUCGCUUACAUCAGUGUUUGGCUCCUCGUCACGGUUACUGUUGAACGUGCCGUCUGGGUCGUGCUGCCCUUCCGCGCACGCCAUAUCUGCACAAAACGCACUGCCAAAUCUGUGGUCCUUCUCCUGGUGAUUGGGUUUACCCUCCUCGACAUCCACUUUUUUCUCACCAUGCGCUAUCAGGAAGUACGGCCUGGGUACUGGCUCUGCAUGACCACCUACUUCUCUGACAAGGUGUUUCCCUUCCUCGAUCUCCUCCUUGUAGCUAUUCUUCCCUGUACCAUUAUGCUUGUCGCUAACUGUCUCAUUGGCUGGAAGCUGAGAGUUAUGCGAAAGUUUCGCUCGGGAACUGCUAUUGGCAUGGUGAGCAACAACAUCACCGAUCAAGGUGGUGGAGAAAAACGUGAAAAGUCUGUUAAUCUUACCCGAAUGCUUGUCUCCACGAAUGUUUUCUUCAUUGUCUCCGUAACACCUUUGCUCAUCUAUGACGUGGUCUUCUUCUCCGUGGACGUACGCGCCUGGGCAGAAGAGGCAGAGGAGGUGCGAGGUGGAAUGAUAUUUGCCAUAGAACGCUUCGUCUACACUUUGUGGUACACCAACUUCGCCAUCCAUUUCCUCCUCUACUGCCUCAGUGGACCCCCAUUCCGCGCUGAAGUCUUAGUUCUCUUCAAUCGCCUCCGGGACCGCAUCCGCAAGGUCGCCCACAAAUCUACGGUAGAUCAGACGGAAUUGAAACGCCCCGAAACUGGGCUCACCUCCACUGCCAAUGUUGUCUCCACCGCAGGAGACGUCUACAGUCGGGAGGAACUCCUGUGA